AUGGCAGAGCCAGAAGUGCUGCCGCAGGAGAGAUACGCUGUGUGGAAGAAGAACACGCCGCUGCUGUACCGGCAGCUGCAGACGUCGUCGCUGCUGUGGCCGUCGCUGACGCUGGACUGGCUGCCGGACACGACGGCGCCGCAGAAGGGCGACACGACGUACACAGGGCACCGGCUUGUGCUGGCGACGUUCUCCGCAGGCGCCAACCCGCUGGAGUCGGUGCUGUUCACAGCGCUGAACCUCGUGGACCUGCACGCGGCGCCGUGCACCACGCUGCAGAACUACGACUACUCGCCGGCGACAGGCGAGUUCACGUACUCGCUGCCGACGCCACGGCUCGACAACACCCGGGAGCUCACCGAGCGGACGAAGGUGAACAACUCGCUGGGCCUGCUCCAGCGCAUCCCGCACCUGGGCGACGUCCACCGCGUCAAACACUGCCCGCACAACCCAGACCUCCUUGCCACGGCGUCCGACUCCGGCGCCGUGCGCAUCUUCGACAGGACCCGCAAGCCCAACAACUACAACGACUCCGACUUCCACCGGAGCGACCCCGCCUCGUGCGCCGCCGCGGUCGAGACCUCCGACAUCCUCCUCCAGUACCACACCUCCGAGACGUGGACGCUCGACUGGAACGUGCAGAAGCCCUACACGCUGGCGACCGCGUCCAACGACGGCUCGAUCGCCGUCUGGAACCUCGACGACCAGUUCAAGGCUCCGCCCAGACAGAAGUUCUCCACCCUCGACUCUAAGUUCAGGUUUUCCACCUGCACUCUAACAACGCCGCACCACAGCGUGCCGGCACACAACUACGGGGUCAACGAGGUCCGCUGGGUGCCCGAUCACGACUCGCUGUUGGUUUCUGCCGGCGAAGAUGGCUCCUGCAAGCUCUGGGACGUGCGAAGCACCUCACAAAGUCCCAGCAUCGAAUUCCCACCCCUCAUUCUCGCAGACGGUACCGACGCCCUCAACACCGUCGACGUCGAUCCCUUCCAGACGUUUAACCUCAUUUCGGGCACGGCGAGCGGCGCGGUCCGCUUCCUCGACCUUCGCAGUCCACACCAGCUCCCACACGAGGCACAUCAGACAGCCCACACGGGUCCAAUUACCUCCAGCAGACGUCUUCACAAUAUGCUCAAGGGUUCCACGAAAAAGUUUUUUAUCUUUGUCUGCAUAGUGUUGGCCAUGGUGGCCACACUCGGCAUGACGCCAGCAACGCAACGUAAGAAAGUCCUCAACCCGAUCAAAAACCUCUAUAACAAAAAGAACAGCGGCAACAGUGCUGCAAAUGCUGAGCUCGACAAUCAGAAGGACAAAUCUGAUUCUCCAAAGGUGAUUGUCGUUCCUGACAACGCCGAAAAGGCACCUCUUAAUGUCGAGGAAGACCCUGAACACCCAGCAUAUAUCUUGCCUGUUGUCGAUGCGGAAACCAAGGUCGUCGAUGAUACAGAGGACACCAGUGUUGCAAACGCAAAGGCCGAGGCCAUUUUAGACGGAGCUCCGGUUUGA